ACCUAUUUAUUCCGUGUAUUUAUCUAAAAUAUAUUAUAAUAAGUACUAUUGAUUUGCAUUGUUGAUUUUACUCGUACUACAUCAGUGGUAAAGCUUAAAGGAUAAAAUAUAUAAUUGCAUGUGCCCAUAAUUUUCAGUACAUAAAAACAUCUCUAAAAUAUAAAAGUUAAAAAUAUCAUAAUAUAAAAACAUAUUUUAUAGACAUGGCUUCAUAUAUUGACAUGAGUUUGGAUGAUAUAAUACAAAAAAAGAAGAGGGAAAUCGCAAGACCCAAGUCAAAGAUGAAGACUCAGUUACCUAUAAAAAGGCAGAAUGUGAUAGAUGCAAGGAAUAAAAUAAUAUCUAGAAAACGUACCCAAAUAAUGGAUGCAAGAGAAAUAUUAGCAGAUAUUGCAAAACAGAAAGAUGCACGGUUAAGAUUAGAAGAGCUAAGAGCAAAAAAGCAGGCAAUGGCAAGAGUACCAGGUGUAAAUUCCCAAUAUCAUCGGAAAUUAACUCAUUACCAGCAUCCAUCUAGAAAGGAAAGAGUGUUUACAGAUUUAUCAAGGCAGGUUGUAUCUCAGCCACUUACUGUGAAACCAAUAAGAAGGCAGCACUUCAUUAAUAACAGGAAGCCAAUGGGGGGCAGGUCUAUAGAAACCAGAUCCAGGUCUUUUGGUAAUUCAAAACCUAUGUUAAAGCCAAUAAUUAGAACGGUGGAAAAUGACAUUGAAAUUAUUGAUGAUCCAAUGGAAGAUAAUUAUAACAUUUCCAGAACAAUGUCUAACCGUAAAGCGAGUCUACAACUUAAAAUUGUUACUCACAAUAAUAAUGCUUUCAGAAGUGCUACUAUAGAAAAAGAAAGAGAAAAGAGUCCACCGCGACCCCCAUCGAUUUUGAAGAAGAGGCCUAUGGCUGCUUUGCGCAGUGAAAACAACAAAGUUGAAAAAUUAGAGAAACCUGCCACCGAGUUCAGGAUUAUCGUCAGUAAUUUACGUAGCUCGGUCACAGCUGGAGAUAUUGAGGAGCUAUUUGGUGAUGUUGGGGGCAUGGUGGAAUCUCGUCUUGUGAGACCUGGGACUGCAGAAGUCAUUUAUAAGAGUCUUGAGGACGCUCAAAGGGCUGUAGAGCUUUACCACAAUAGACAAUUGGAUAAGCAACCUAUGAACUGCUUGCUUGUCACUCCUCGCACUACAGCUCCUGCACCUUCAAGCGGUGGAGGAUAUCCUGCUCAAUAUUCUAUGCCACCGCCUUCUUUGAAUGCGGGUGAUAGCAGUUAUACCGCUACCCAACAGCAAGGAGGUUAUAAUCAAAGUGGCUAUUCUGGUCAAAAUUCUGGUGCUGCUUGGAACCAACAAAGUACCGGAGGUGCUAGUGGAGGUAGCUAUGGUGGAUCACAACAGCAAGACAGCAGUUAUGGUCAAAGCUAUGGCGCUUCAAACUAUGGUAGUGGGGGUGGAUAUGAUCGCAACAACAGUAAUAACUACAAUGCGAGCAGCAACGAUCGCGGAAGUGGCAGUUAUGGGAAUAAUGAUCGUGGAAGUAGCUAUGGCAGUAAUGACAGAGGUGGUGGUGGCGGCGGCGGCGGUGGAGGCGGCAGCGGUGGCGGCGGCGGCAGUGGUUACGGGAGUGAUCGCAGUGGCGGUUCCAACUAUGGUGGAGAUAGAGGCGGUGGUGGUGGAUACGGUGGCUCAGGGGGUGGUGACCGAGGAUAUAGAGGAGGAGGUGACCGAUCAGGAGGAUACAAUAGAGAUGGGGGGAAUAGAGAUGGUGGAUAUGGUGGCGGCGGCAGGGGGGGUGGUUUUAAUAAAGGCGGCGGAGGUUACGGCGGAGACAGGGGCGGAGGAGGUGGGGGUGACAUGGUAACCCAAGAAGAUACGGUCUUUAUUCAAGGCAUGAAUCCAUCUACGACUGAAGACGAAUUGUGUCAACAUUUCGGCGCCAUUGGCAUAAUUAAGACUGAUAAAAAAACUCAAAGACCUAAAGUGUGGAUGUAUAAGGAUAAAGCUACCGGCCAACCUAAAGGAGAAGCCACAGUCACCUAUGAGGACUCUAAUGCCGCUACUUCAGCUAUACAAUGGUUUGACGGCAAAGACUUUAAUGGAGCCACCAUAAAGGUUUCGCUCGCCCAAAGACAGAACACUUGGGCGGGAGGUAAAGGCGGCGGCGGCGGCGGCGGCGGUGGCGGCGGUGGUGGUGGCGGCGGAGGAGGUGGAUUCCGUGGCGGGCGCGGCGGAGGCGGCGGCCGCGGCGGCGGUGGCGGUGAGCGCGGCGGUGGUGGCGGCGGAGGCGGCGGUGGAAACGGUCCGACGUUCAACCGCGCCGGUGAUUGGACUUGUACCAAUCCUAGUUGUGGAAAUACCAACUUCUCGUGGCGAAAAGCAUGCAAUAGAUGUAACGAGGAGAAGCCAGGCGGCGGCGGCGAUGACGGCCCACCCCACGGCGGGCGCGGCGGAGGCGGCCGCGGAGGAGGUCGCGGAGGCGGGCGCGGCGGUGGCGGCGGGCGCGGCGGCGGUGGCGGCGGCGGCGGCGGCGGCGGGUGGGGCGGCCGACAAGACCGCAGCGGAGACCGCAGUGGCGACCGAAGAGGCUCGGGUGGCGGCGGCGACCGUAGCGGCGGCGGCGCCAUGAGAGGAGAUGGAGGAGGCAGAGACAGACAGAGACCGUACUAAGUAUUUAAUUUUAGUGUAAAAUUAAGUUUAGUUAUAGUCAAUAAUAGCUGUUAUGACUGGAUUUUACUGUCUUGUUUAGAUUUAGUAUAUAUAGUAAUAAUUCAUUAUUAUUGACACUUAGUAGUUUUGAAUUGCAUGUAUAGUAUAAUUCUUUUUUAAAGCUGUAACUAACUGGAUUUCAACGAUCAAUUGAUUCUUAUUUUUAUCUUAAAUCUAUUCAAUUUUUAUUCUAUUCAUUUUGAUUGUUAGGUCAUAAGAUAAGUUGUCUAAAUAUUCGCUGAUAAAGGUAGAAUUUAUGUAUGUAUGUAUGUAUAACUGUAAGAGCCGGUUCCCACUUGCCUCCUGUCUUGCCCGAAUUUUGGUUGGAUGUUCCUUGUUGGAUGGCAGUACAUUUUAUAUGAAGCUUGUCUGAAACCGAUUUUGUGUCAGUGGUUGCCACUGGAGCAUCUGAUUAAAAUCCGGGCCCGACAGCGGACUAGUGGGAAUGGGCUGUAAGAUGUUCGAAACAUUGUGUUGACAGAAUAAAUUGGUAAUGAAUUAAA